CUUUCUCCAUUAACCCCCCCCCCAGUCAGAAGAUUUCUUGAGCAAUACAUACGCACGACCAGAUUGUGAUAUCUCUAUCCGCAAUCUCCCACUUCUCCAUCUCUUCUCCAUCAUUGCAUCACUCUUACUACUCUCUCCCGAGUAUAUCCUCUGGCCCGCUCCCCUUACCGAACUGGCCUCUACUACUUCCCACGGCUACUACUCUCUCACCACUUCACCACUCCUCACCUUCCUCCACGAUACCUUCAGCCCUUGGUACAAUCCAGUCUGCUGAUCUUCGACUUCCCCCUUCCCGGUUCGACAGCUCUUCGUCUCUCCCCUUCGCUGCGGCGGCGAUCACAUGCAACGCGCAUCCUCCGCCGUAGAUUUUUCAAGUCUACUGAAUCCCCAGUCGACCGUCGAGGCCGAGCAACAGGCUGCUCGUGAGAAGUUGAGGCAGAUCGAGGAGGACCAGCGGAGCGCAGAAAUGGCUGCCGUCAGUAUGAUGCCGCCCAUGAUCGGCGGUCAGCCCGGUGAGGACCGCCAGGACUUGCCCCGACCCUACAAGUGCCCACUGUGCGACAAGGCUUUCCACCGUCUCGAGCACCAGACCAGACAUAUCCGGACGCACACGGGCGAGAAGCCUCACGCCUGCCAGUUCCCCGGCUGCACCAAGCGCUUCUCGCGAUCCGACGAGUUGACCCGGCAUUCGAGGAUACACAACAACCCGAACUCGAGGAGGAGCAACAAGACCCAGCAGGCGGUCCAGAACAUGGCUCAGAAUGGCGCCUUGGAAGGCUCCUCCGCAAUGGCGACUACCAUGAUGCCUCCCCCAAAGAGCAUGUCGUCCAGAUCCGCGCCCGCAUCAGCCCUGGGCUCCCCGAACGUCUCUCCUCCACACUCCUACUCCUCCUACUCGACCGCCGUGCCCUCAAAUCUCAACCCGUACGGCCGAUCCCUCGGUGGCUCCCCCAACAACGGCUCGACCCUCGACAUCAACUUGCUCGCCACAGCCGCGACGCAGGUCGAGCGGGAGUCCACCUUGGCAACCCAUCAUCCUCAUCACCGUCACCACCCCUACUACAGCCACAGCUCCCACAGCAGCCGCAACCACCUCCCUUCGCUGUCUGCCUACGCCAUGUCGAGAAGCCACUCCCACGACGAAUCACCCGACGACCACUAUGCGCAUCGUCAUGCGAAACGCUCGAGACCCAGCUCUCCCCAGUCGACUGCUCCCUCCUCGCCAACCUUCUCCCACGACUCGCUCUCGCCGACUCCAGACCACACUCCGCUGGCCACCCCUGCACACUCUCCACGCCUACGUCCUUAUGGUGGUGGUUACGAUCUCCCAACUAUCCGCAAUCUCACCUUGCAGCACACUCCUGCGCUCGCUCCCAUGGAGCCUCAACAUCUCGAUGGCCAGUACCAUGCUCAGAACACGACCUCGAACGCACCGCGGACUGGGUUGACGAUAAGUGAUAUCAUGAGCCGGACCGACGGAACACAGAGAAAAUUGCCGGUUCCACAGGUGCCAAAGGUUGCGGUUCAGGAUCUGCUGAGUGCGGGCGAGACUGGCUUCGGAACGCCCCAUGGCAGUGGACGGAGUAGCACAACAGGGAGCGUUGCGGGAGGUGAUCUGAUGGACCGGAUUUGACCUUUACCAACGGAUUAACGAUUCACAUCCAACUACGAGAGCGCAACACGAGACGGAGUCGAGUCGGUAGGCUCAUCCGAAUAACGAGAGACUCGGAGCUCGAUCGGAUCUCCACUUCUCCCGGUGAUCUUGCCAGCGGGCAACAACACACAACACAACUCACGCUUCUUCAAUUCCUUGAUGACGGACGAUAACGGAAGGGUGUACAUAUAGAUUUGCUAUUGCUCGUUCAGCGCGCACUAUAGACUUUGCUUUUAUCCUUGUUCUCCAAUCUCCUACGAUUCCUUGAUUUUUACGUCGGUGGCGGUGGUUGCUUCAGGGAAGCAGAGGAUCAUACUCACGAGCAUCUCCUCCUUCGCCUUACUGCGUCGAACGCUUCCUUUCAUGGCCAUGUAACGCACGAGCAAACGACACUAUCUACCUAUCUAUCUCGGGUUGUGGGUUGGGAGGAAAGGAGGACUCUUUUUUCGCAAUUAUAGAC